AUGUCGAAGCUGUACCGGGCACAGACGCAACAGGGCCACUCGCGGGGGUUCUUUGAGUACAUUCGCAGCGUGGGGGAGUCCAAGUCGAAGCAGGAGGAAGACGCCAUUGUCACACGUGAUCUGGCCGAACUCAAGAAAACCCUUGCAUCAAACAAUAUUGAGAAGCGUCUGCUCAAAGAGUACGUUGUGCGUAUCUUUUAUGCGGAAAUGUUGGGUGUCUCUGCGGAGUUUGCCCAUAUUCACUGCGUGAACCUCUCCUCGAGUCCUGACCUUCUCUCUAAGCGGACCGGCUACCUUGGCACGUGGCUGACGGUGGGGCCCGAACACGAUCUCAUGUACCUUAUCGUUUCAAAUCUGCAGCGUGACAUGAAAUCCAGUAGCUUCCUUGACAUCGCCGCAGCGCUGACAGCGGCCUCUAAACUAGUGCGCUUGGAAUUGAUGAAUGCCAUCAACACGGAGGUUGUGGGGCUGCUGCGUCACCCCAACGCGCUAGUGCGAAAGAAGGCAGUGUCAACCAUGCACGCUUUCUACAGAAAGUCCGAGGGUCUUAUCGGAGACACAAAAAUAUUCCGCCAAAUGUUAUGUGAUGCUGACCCAUCCGUGAUGGGGGCGGCACUUCCACUUUUUGCGGAUGUCAUUUGCACGGACCCGACGUCUCAACGCGAACUUAUUUCAAUCUUCCUGUCAAUUCUUAAACAGAUUGGCGAGCACCGGCUCUCUCGUGAGUACGAGUAUCAUGGCAUUCCUGCUCCAUGGCUUCAGAUAAAACUACUACAGAUGCUCCCAAUACUUAUUGGCGACGAACCAUCACUUGCUCGGAAGUGUGAAGAGGCACUGAGAGAAGUAAUCACACGGGCAGAUAAUGGGCUUGUUAUUGGUUAUGCCGUCAUGUGUGAGGCUAUCCGUGUAAUAACACUGAUUCCCACCAUUCCAACUCUUGUGGAACUUGCAGCUGAGGCAAUUUCGAAAUUUCUUUCUGCGAGGAAAGCCAAUCUACGCUAUGCCGGCAUCCAAGCUCUUUCACAGAUCGUUCGGCUUGACCCAAAAUAUGCACAUGAACACCAGCAUGUCGUCAUGGCUUGUCUGGAAGAGGCUGAUGACACCAUUCGUCGAAAAACUAUGAUGCUUCUUCUUGCCAUGUGCAACGAGGACAAUGUAGAGGUCAUUGUAACCCGACUCGUGAAAUCUCUCUCACAGACAACGGACAAGUAUUUUAGAGAGGAAUUUACGCGUCGAAUAUGUGAUGCGGUGGAUAGAUUUAGCCCUGGUGCGGUGUGGUAUAUUGAGACGAUGAAUAAGCUACUUCUUUGCGCCGCAGAGCACGUUCCUCAGAUGACUAUUCAGGGAAUUUUGAAACUUAUCGUGGAAGGAGAGGGGAAGGAUGGGGAAAAGGAUGCGGCUUUCCGUACGUUUUGUGUUGAAACAUACUUUGAUCUUCUUGAGGGGUCACAGAAAAAUUUACCCGAGGCCUUUUGUCGCGUUGCCGCAUGGGUGAUAGGCGAGUAUGGAUUUUUGGCGAAAAGAAUAAGCCGCACCAUGCUAUUGGACCGUCUGUGCGAUAUGUUAGAGCGGGCAGAGUGCGCCGACACCAGAGGAUGGAUUAUUAUGGCUAUGAUAAAAAUUGUUGCCCACGCCGGUGCCAUGCCUGACAAUGUUGAGGAUCUUAUUACACGCUUUAAGGAUAGCCGUAGCGUUUGGAUACAGCAGCGCUGCUACGAGUUUAGUGAACUUGUGAAGAUGCCAGUGCUCAUGAAGAAGGUACUUCCGCUGGACGGCUGCUGCGAGGAAGUUGAUUUGGAUGAAUCCAUGGGGUUUCUCGAUGGCAUUGUACAGGAGGCCCUGUUAGCAGGUGCCAGGCCAUACGAAAAGCGGGAAAUACUUCUCGGAGUGAAGGAGGAGGAGACACUCCGUACCGAUGCGUACGAAUUGGUACGCACGGAUGUCGUUAAUGAGAACGAACUUGAUCCGGAGAACUUUAAAACGGAGGAGCCGCACAAACUUGUCAUUCGCCCAGCCGUGAAGCGGUGGGGACUAAAAAAUCUUGAGGAAGAUAUUACGCCGACGGAGGAAAACCCCACCGCCGGUGGUCCCGAUGCAUCGGAAGCAACCGGAUCGAUGGAAUGUUUUUCUGAAGGAGCGGUCCUGCACCAUGUGGACCCGCAUGCACCGUCAUCGUUAUCGACACCCUCAGCAGCAGUAAAUUUGCCGAUGCCACGUGAAGUUUCAAAGCCAAGCAAAAAUAAAAAGUUUUUAAAUGAUAUCUUUAGUGUAGGCAACAAAAAGAAAUUGACUGUGCGAGGCCACAAUGGGGCGACAGAGUCGUUGGUACAUGCUGGGAAGGGUUCUGAAGAAAAUGACGCAGGUUCCCUACUUAGCAUUCAUAUGGAGUACGUCAGAGAAUUGGCAACAACAGGAGUUGUGGUGCGAUUUGUGGCGAAAGUGGGGGUGGAGAACGUUGUUAUUUCUAUGAGGGCUCCCCCAAACUGUACGCUUCGCUUUGUCUCAUGUUCUGCAACGUCCGCUACGGUUGAUGGAACCGCGGUAACGUUAAAUAAACUGCAGGCGAAUCAACCGGUUGAACUGGAAAUGCAAGUUUUACCUGUUGGAUUUCCGAAAGAAGGUCGCGUAAAAGUGGAGAUCACUUAUCGUAGUGCCGUUCCAGGCGACCCGCAAUGUGCCUCGGUGUCAAGGGCGUUAUCUGCGAGGGACAUUCUACGGCCACCAGCGCAGAUGACAACAGCGGAGUUCGGACAAACCUGGGUAGGCCUCCGAGAGGAGUGCAAGCUGCAGAUGAGUUCUGCCGCUCCUUUGACGCCGCAGUCUUUACAAAACCUGCUGUUGGAGCGAGCGUCGCUGCGUGUGGUGGAGGUGAUCCGCAAUGAACUCAUUACGGCUGCCAAGUUAAUUGGCACGGGGAAGCCAGUCUUGUGCCACGUUGACGUUGUGGGUCCCAACGCUGCCAACGUGAAAGUACGGGCAGAUGACAAGGGAUUUGCGGCAUACGUGGCACACGCCCUAUCUGCACCGUAA